AUGCUGCCAUCGGAGAAUUCAAAGGAGUUACUCUCAUCUGAUCAACCAGAACUUGAAGCUGACAACAUAGCUGACCAAAAAGUUAACGACACAGCUGACGAAAAGGUUGAGGCCGCGCCUGACAAAAAAAUCGAGGCUGCAGCUGAAGAAAAAGUUGAUGCUGUGGCUGACGGAAAAGGUGACGCGGCAGUUGACGGUGGAGUUUUCACACCUACCCCAGUAGAUUUGAUAUCUAAUAGAAUGUAUAUACUGCAAAACCCAACAGUAGAGGUUAAUAAGACCUUUUUGGCGGUUGGGGCGAACAAAGACACUCCUGCUGCUGCGAUGACGUGCUUUAUAAGGCUUCAUCAAGGCAAGUGGGUGGCUUUGCUUGAUAGAAAAGGAAGCGGCCAUGUGCAAGUCAAUGGAAAGACCAUCAGCAAAUAUUCUUUUUGCUUUCUCAAUUCAGGCGAUGAAGUUGUCUUAAGUCAAGCAGAAAAUAAUGCUUACAUUGUUCAGUUACUAUUCGAGUCACCUUCAAAUGUUGGGACCAGUGCCGGAAAAGGCAAACCAUUGAAUAUCGAAAACCAGGUAGAAGAUGCUUUAGCUAUUGCUGGUGCUUUGAUUUCUGCAAAUAUCGGCAGCAGUAACGCUGCUUCUAUGUUGGAGGAAAGAUGGUGGAUUACUGAAUCAAUGCCUGCUUCAACUUCAGAGAUGUCUUCAAAAUCUGCUGCAGUUAUGGGAAAACUUUAUGCUGCAAUCAUUGACGGACAAAAUAUAGAAGGUAUUACUUUCUUUCUAUACUUAGGUCACAUAUUUGAACCUCGCGCCAUGCAAAUUAAGCCGUGUAUUGGAAGUUCUAGAAGUAAUAUUGUGAUCAUUGGAUCUCACAUUCAUUCAGAUGAUCAUAAGGAGGAGUCACAGCCUAAAGGAUCUCUCUUCACCAAAUUGGGCAGCAUUUUAUAUGAGCUCGCCUUGCCGGAUAGUUUUGGGAAGAUGCAAGACAAGGGGAAACAGGUUGCAAGCACAAAUAAAUUUCUGACAAAACUUUUCCCAAAUAAAGUGGUUAUCUACAUGCCGCAGGAUGAAGCACUUCUGUCUACUUGGAAACAACAACUGGAUCAAGAUGCUGAAAACCUAAAAGUGAAAGAAAAUUUUAAUAGCUUAAAAACAGUUAUGAGCCGGAUUGAGUUAGAAUGCAACGGACUCGAGACAUUGUGCAUCAAAGACCAUAAUUUUUCUGUUAAAAGUGCAGAGAAGGUUGUUGGAUGGGCGUUGAUCAAUCAUUUGAUGCGGAACACUCAAGCAGAUGUUGACAAUUGCGGGAAUCUUUUGUGAUUUAACAACAUUCAGUAUGGGUUGGAACUCUUACAAACAAUGCAAAAUGAUACCAAGAGUUUGAAGAAGUCACUCAAGGAUGUUGAGACAGACAAUGAGUUUGAGAAGGCACUUUUGGCUGAUGUCAUUCCCCCCAGUAUAGGUGCACUUGAAAGGGUCAAGGAUACAUUAAAAGAGCUGAUCAUGCUUCCAUUACAAAGACCUGAACUUUUCUUCAAGAGACAACUAACCAAGCCCUGUAAAGGAAUACUUUUGUUUGGUCCUCCUGGAACUGGGAAAACCAUGCUGGCAAAAGCCGUUGCCACUGAAGCGGGAGCAAAUUUUAUUAAUGUUUCAAUGUCAAGUAUCAGUUCAAAGUGGUCUGGCGACGGUGAGAAAUGCAUAAAAGUUGUCUUCUCGCUUGCUAGUAAAAUUGCUCCCAGCAUUAUUUUUGUAGAUAAAGUUGAUAGUAUGCUGGGAAGAAGGGAAAAUCCAGAAGAACAUCAGGCAAUGCGCAGAUUGAAAAAUGAAUUCAUGCUGAAUUGGGAUGGGUUAUGCACAAAGGAUACUGAAAGAGUUCUGGUACUUGCAGCAACAAACAGGCCAUUUGACCUUGAUGAAGCUGUUAUAAGGCGACUUCCAAGCAGGUUGAUGGUCAAUUUACCAGAUGCUCCAAACAGAGCAAAAAUUCUACAAGUGAUACUCGUAAAAGAAGACUUGGCUCAGAAUGUUGAUCUGGAAUCAGUUGCAAGUAUGACUGACGGAUAUUCCGGAAGUGACGUUAAGAAUCUCUGUGCAACCGCUGCAUAUCGACCCAUUAGAGAUAUCCUUGAAAAGGAAAAAAAGGAACAGGCUGCAGCUAGUGCUGAUGUUAGACCACCUCCAGCACUAAGCAGUAGUGCAGACUUACGGCCACUGAAUAUGAACGACUUCAGAUAUUCUUCUCAUCAGCAGGUUUGCUCAAGUGUUUCAUCUGAAUCCACAAAUAUGACCGAGCUUCUUCAGUGGAAUGAUCUGUAUGGAGAAGGGGUCUCCAGAAAGAAACAGUCCUUCAGUUACAUCAUGUAAAGGCUAUCUCAAUUUUUGUACAAUGAGUUUAUAGGUCUCUUAGAAAAUGAGUUUUGACAUGUUACAACAGUUACUAUAUAUGCUUUGACCUUUUGCUGAGUACCUAUCAAAAAAUUGACUAAGCUUCUAAAGUU